GGGAAGGAGCUGUUGGCCUGGCGCAUGGGUAUUGUCACGCCUGGGUCCUGAUUAGGAGGGAUGGAGGUUCCCCCUCCCCAACAGGAGAUCACAGUUGGCCUCAUCGGGCCUGAGCUGCUGAGAGCGAGCUGGCCAAGCUACAACGCCAGUUCCGCCUGCUAGAGGGUGACCGCCGUGCCUAUGCCCAGGAGUCGCAGGAGACCAUCCGCAGGCAGCUGUAUGUACCCCUGGGUGGGAGGGGCCCAGUACCAUACCUGCAGGAUCAGGUGCACAGGACAUACACAUGCACACACACACUGUGCCUCCCAUAUGCUGGGCAGCACAGAUACACUCCCCCCUAGAAUGCUGAUAUAUCACUGACAUCACGCACAUUCCCCUAGCAACUCACCUGGAACCAGCCCUCUACACCAGGCUGGGUCACUGCACUGCACUGCACUGCACAUAGGCACUUACACACACACACACGCACACACACCAUCACACUUACACACCCAGAAGGUCACACAAACUCACGUGAGAUCUUUCACAUAAGAUCUGCUGCUCACAUACCCUCACCAGGUCUCAUGCAUCAGUCUGCACGCUUACCUGCAGGCUCACGACCAGGAUCUUUCACACACAAGACUAUAGGGACAUCAGGUGCACACAACCUCCCAUGCACUUGCACUCACAAGACUGCAUGCUCAGAUUCAUGCAUGAGGUCACAUGCACAAAAUCUUGCGAACACUCAGUGACAGGCCUGUGACACACAAGAUCCCACACUUGUGCACAAGAUCACAUCUGAGAUCUUGUACUCACAUGCAGGAUUGUAUAUGCACAAGGCUCCCCACACCCACUCAGCCACAAGACCAUAGAUGCACAACAAUUUGCAAUCUCGUAAGACUGCAUACACACAGAAGCGCACACACAGGCACACUUGCACAAGAUCACCCACACGCUUGAUGUGGGAUCUCUGAUGCACAAGUCACACUUGUAUACAAGACUGCACACAUGAGAUCACACUCAUAAGAUUACAUGUGCAUGAGAUCACUUGGACUCAAGAUCCAAAGCCCACCAAAUCUCACCCUUGUGAAUAAGCUCACAUUCACCCACAUGGGUGGUCAACUCAGGUAUCUGACACAUGGCAUUCUGUGCCCACAUGGGGACUCCAUGCUCACAACUGUGCACUGAGACUUCCUUGCCUUGCUGGGCACCUGGUAGUCACAACAUCCUAGAUCUCAGCACAAUCCACCAGUUCACUGCUGCCACACACCUAGCAUCAUUACUGUGCCCUCUCCUUGUCUUAGCCCUGGGUCCCCCUUCCUCUUCUCUUUCUCUCUGUCGUGCCUGGCCCUCUCCUUUUGACCUCGUCAUCCACCAGUGGCACAAUCUGGCACCCCCUCAUAUCACCAGGAGUCCCUCCCUGCCCCACUACCCCUGCCUGCCACCCAUUGCAGCUGGCCAGUCCUUUGUUUUGGUCAGGGCUGAAAUCCACAGGCUGGAGAAGGAGCAGGAAGGGCUGCUGAAGGAGCUGCAGCUGGCAGAGAGCAGGGCCAACCAGCUGCGGGAGCGGGCACAGGCAGGCAGCUUGCGCGCCAUGCUGCAGCACAAGGACCAGACUCAGGAGCAGGUGGCCCAGGAGAGGAGGACACUGGCAUGUCUGGAUCUGGAGAUCCAGAGCUGGGAAAAGCGGCUAGCGGAGCUGCAGAGGCAUGCGGGCAGUGCUGGCAUCACUGAGCGGGACAAAGCCCAGAUACAGAAGAAGGUGCAGACCCUGGAGAACCAGCUGAACAGGACCUUGGCCAAGUUCAACUCCCAGCUGGUGCUGAACGCCCACCUGCGUGAGGAGCUGGAAACCAUGCGCAUUGAGCACAGCCGCUUUCAGCAGCUCUGCCGACGGCUGGAGAGGGAGGCGCAUGAGAAGCGAAAGGAGAUUGGAGCUGUGAUUGACACAUCCUCCAUGGCUUAUGAUGCCAGGGAUGAGGCACAGGCCAAGCUGGGGCAGCUGCGGGAAAAGGCGGAGAAGGAUGUGGCACAGCAUGGGGCUGAGAUGAAAGAGCUGCAGCGGGUGCUGGACCACGACAGGCGUCUCCGCCAAUUUCUGGCCAUCAAGGCACAGGAGCGGAGCCUUACCCAGGAGGCACUGGAGGCCCGGCAGCGGAGAGCCCAGGAGUUGGCUGAGGGGAAGCGCCGUGACCCUGAGGAAGAGCUAUUGGAAUCCUAUGAAGAUGCUUUCAGGCAGCUGCGGGAACUGAAGGGGGAGGAUGACCUGGACCUGCUGGUGGAAAAGUUCCUAGAAGAGGAAGAUCAAAACUUCGCUGAAUUCAACUACAUCAAUGAGCAGAACAGUGAGCUGGAGUGGUUGGGGGAGCACAUUGCUCAGCUGCAGCAGGAGAUUGUGGCAGCCCAGGCACAGGAGGAGUGGGCAGAGCAGGAGCACCAGGCAGAGCUCCGGGCUGUAGAGACCAAGCAAGAGGCAGCUGUGCAAGAGGCUGAGCACCUGCUUGCCAAGGAGAAGGAGAUCAUCAAGACCCUGGAGCAUGUUAAGGCAGGCAUUAGGGAGCUGUUUGAGGAGCUGGGCUGUGAUCGGACAGGGUUGGACGAGGUGCUGGGGGGUGGGAUCGUGGUGCGUGACUCCACCUUGCUGCUCUUCCUGGGGCGGAUUGAGCAACGAGCCACUGAGCUGCUGGCCAUGCGCUCCUACCUGGCCUCCAAGAACUUUGACGACCCUUACGACCCCUCGGAGACAGCACGGCUGCUGCUGGGGCAGACGGAGGGUGUCCCUACCCUGCCCCGCCCCCCACAACCUCCCACUGCCAGGGAAGACCAUGACACUGAGGAGGCCCUGACAGAUGGGAGCGAGGAAGAGGAGAGACCCCUCACCCACAGUGAGCUGAGGGAGCGCAUCCUCCAGGAGGUGCUGAGCCGGGAGGAGACACUUCCCUCCAAGAGGAGUCUGGACCCAGAGCAGGCUGCGGGGUGUGCACUGCACCCCAUGGAGGCUUGACCUGAGGGCUGAGGUCUUGGGCUCCGGGUGAACCAACCAUGCCAGUGCAGCGCUCCAGCUCAGUGGGCAACACUCAGGUGCUGACAUCUGCGGUAGGCAUCGUGCGCCUGCUGGAGG